UAAGGAACCUAUACUUCAACCUAUACUUUAUGGCUGCCAUUGCACGUUCGUAUUUCGUUCGAUAACAUCGCGGAAUUUAUAUAUAAAAAUCCGAUAUUUCGCUAUGGCGGAACCUAAACUAAAGUUCGGUGGUUAUCCUGCGGAAUAUGAUCCUGCGAGACACGGACCAUAUGAUCCUGCACGCUAUUAUGGAAAAGCCGAUACUCCGUUCUUGGAUUUGAAGCUCGGCGAAAUUCCUAGCUGGUUUUCAAGACGUCAAAAAAGUCCACGGACGCUUGUAGCACUGUUUUCACGAGCAUUCUGGCGUUGGCAACAUAAGUACGUACAGCCCAAACGAACUGGAAUAGCUCCGUUCUUCCAAGCAACGAUUUCUGCUAUGAUUCUGUUUUAUAUUAUAAAUUAUAACAAGCUUCGUCAUCACAAGAGCUAUAAAUAUCAUUAAUUGUGCUGUAUUGUAGAUACCUCCAUAGACGAUUGGAAUAAAAGUAAUUCAUGUAUCAAUUGUUUAUGAAAGAUAUUCAUUUGUUUGUUUGAAUAAAUGUUCUUAGUAUGCACAGAAAAAAA